AUGGAGAUGGAGAAAUUUGGCUGUGAUUAUGGAGAGGCUAGAAACGAACGGGAGGGAAAUAGAUCCCUCUACGGCAGACGCUGCCCUCCCUGGACCCAUAUCUCAGCCGAUAAUCUCAGCUUUGUCAUUCAAGCUGCUCGAACGGUUGACGAUAAUGGCAGCUAUAGCCAGCGAGUCUUGAUGAAGGUCAUCAGCGGCGCAGAGACCUUGGAAUACCAGGACCUCGGCAGGCUCGUACAACUCUAUCGGCAAGCUGAUCCCUCGACCGAGCCGGAGAACAUGGUCGAAGUGAUGGCAAACAGCCCACGCAUGGCCAUGCGAUACCCGCAAUCUUUUGACAGCGUCCGCAAAAUCCAAGUAAGAUUCCAGAACGACGCCGACUGCACGAAAGCGAUGAACAUCAUGAAAGAACUCGGACUCCCUAUCAAAGCUCCAGUCCUACCAGUGGCUCGUCCGGGCCCCUCGCCAUCUCCAUCUAUGCUGUCCUCAUCUUCUAUUCAGAGUAAUAGCUCUCUGGCUCCGCCACCGCGAUCGGUAUCUACAAUGUCAACACUCAGCAAUGAUAGGUCCUUUGGCUUGCCCAGUUCGUCCCCAUACUUUGGAUUCAAAGUCCCUGAACGACCAGCAACAGCCGAGACGGGUAGAAAGCUGCCAGACUUCCAUGCCAGUGAAUCCAGACCCGUUCCAGACUUGGUUCUUACGCCGAAUACGCCGGGUUACCGGCCUAGUUCUUCCCGUGAGUCAGCGAAUAAUUUGUAUCUUUCGCAGUUGGAACGAGAGUCUCAGUCUCGCAGAAUGUCGCAACCUGUAUCGCAGCCAUUUGGCCAUCUUAGCAACUCUAGUGAUCAAUUCAGUUCGAUGUUUCCUGGUCAGACGCAAGCCCAGAGUCAAAAGUUAGCCGAACUUGCAGAAGCCAAAUCUCGGCUGAUUUCAUCGUCCUCGUUCUCUCCUUCACCGUCAACUGCAACAAGAAGUCUGGACCAAGGCUUGGCAAAUCCAUUCUGGGCCCCACCUAACUCGCAGCGACCCUCAUCAACGCCCGCCGAAUCGUAUGAUCUACCACCCAGACGGGUUCUACCAUUCGAUCCAUCACGACGUCUAUCGUCAGCAGUCGACCUACCAGCACUUCCAAAGCCAACCCCGGUGUCGAAGCCCGGUGCGAGAAUGGCUACAAGCAAUGAAAACCCAAGUGACCCAGAACCUAUGCUCGCGUCAAAGCCCAGUCCGAAGAAGGUUGCCAACGAGGAGAAAUCGCAAGUGCCAAAGCCUGCGCCAAUGUCUGCGUUAGCUUGUAGCCCAAAGAAGGCAACACAUAGUAAGGAGACGCCUGUACCUAUACCAGUGCCGGCGACUAAGCGGGUCGCUCAACGAAAAGCACCAACGGCCAAACCACCGGCAAAGCCGGCGGCCAUCGCCAACACAGAUGAUCAUUCUCCUAUCAGGCCCACCACACAGGAGACUGUUUUUACCCCUCCAGUACCCCAUGAAGACGAACCCUCUCCGCUUGCUGCCAAAAGUGCUGCCGCUGCCGCUGCCGCUGCCUCUGCCAGACCGGCUUCUGCUGCGUCCGGUCUAAUCUCCAAGGCCAAUGCUCCAGCCAGAAAACGGACUCCAGGCCCAGUUCGACCAGCUUCAAACAACAAGCGUCCCAAGAUGGUCAACGCAAGUACCCAGACUCAAGAGGCCCCAACUAUUCAGGAACGUGUCAAGGAGAAAGGGCCCGAUAUGGCUCCUAGUGAUCUUGCGCCUCCUAACACCUUUCUGAAUGAGAUAGAUGCCUUCCUUACCAAGCACAAAGCACGACCGCCUCCAAAAGAGCUGUGGAAAAUACCCGCGUAUCAAGAGGCUAGUGAGGAGGAUCGACACAUGAUGAUUAAUGAUUUCAUUUGUGAGAAUCUUGAGAACCCCGACUUCUUGCAACUUUGUGAAGAUAUGGAGACGGCAUGGCGAAGAAUUGGGCUUGCCCAAUCUUCGAUCCUCAAGACCUCACCAGCUCCAGUCGAUAUGAAUUAUGUAUGA